UCCGGAGCCACGGCCACUCCCUGCUGGCAGAAAAGGGCGGCCCUCCUCGCCUGGCUCGGUCCCCUCUGCCUCUUAAGGGCGGCGGCGGCUGCCUGACGCGCGCUCUUUCUCGCCAUGGUGUGCUGGGGUCUCGUUUGCGCCCUGGCGGCGGGCGGCCUCCUGAUCUACCUGAUCGUCAAGCUCGCCAUCUGGCUCCGAGCUGACAGCGACCUCACCGUGCUGGCGGCGGAAUGGUGGGGCAAGAAGCCGGAAAAGGAGCUGCCUGGGAAAGUUGUCUGGGUGACGGGAGCCUCCAGCGGAAUUGGCGAGGAGAUGGCUUACCAGCUGGCAAAGAUCGGCUCGCCACUUGCGCUCUCGGCAAGAAGGGAGAACGAGCUGGAGAGAGUGAAAAAGAAGUGCAUUGAGAUCAGCAGCCUCACUGACAAGGAUAUCCUCAUUGUGCCACUUGACUUGACUGACAGGAGUGCCCACGAAGCGGCGACAAAAACUGUCCUGAAGCAUUUUGGAAAGAUCGACGUCUUGGUGAACAAUGGCGGCCGUUCCCAGCGCUCCCUCUAUGUAGACACGUCCGUCGAUGUCUACAAGGCUAUCAUGGAGCUCAACUACAUUGGCACCAUCUCCCUAACAAAAUACGUCCUGGACCACAUGAUACAGAGGAAACAGGGGAAGAUUGUCACCAUCAGCAGCGUGAUGGGCAUCAUGGGAGCUCCCUUGGCCACCGGCUAUUGCGCCAGCAAACACGCCUUGCAGGGCUUCUUCAACUCUCUCCGACCUGAGCUCACUGAUUAUCCCAGGAUAAGUAUAAUUAACAUCUGCCCAGGGCCUGUGCAGUCACAGAUCAUACAAAACGUCUUCACUGAAGAUAUUGCGAAGGCAAAUGCAAACGUUGGGGAUCAGUCUCACAAAAUGGAAACCGGCCGUUGCGUGCGACUAACACUUAUCAGCAUGGCUAACGAUAUAAAGGAAGCCUGGGUCAGCGACCAUCCCUACCUGGCAGUCUGUUACCUCUGGCAAUACACACCUACCUGGGCAUGGUGGUUGCUGAACCGCCUAGGGAAGAAGCGAAUCGAGAAUUUCAAAAGAGGAGAGGACGCUGAUAUUUCUUACUACAAAAAAUCUUCUUAAAGGAGCAUUACGUUCUCCUUUUCACCAAUACCAGCAUAAGGAGGAGGAAGAACUCCUGCUUUAAGUACACAUUCUUUUUUGAGGAUAAGGAAUGACGUUACAAUACGUAACCCAUACCUGUUCCACUAUAGUCUCUUGAAUAAAAAAUGAUUUUAUAAUUCUUGUUGAUACUGUAGUGUGGUUAGCCACCAAAAACCUUUACUACCUGGCCUUUCAUGGUGCUAUCUUCUGCUGUAUGCUAGGGGGACCAUUCAAAUCUACACCCCAUCCCAGUAUUUUCUCAGGCCCUGCCUUAAUGUCUUUAGUGACUCAUUUACUGUUUUUGCAUCUUGCUUCAUUUCAAGACCUCAGGAUACAAAAAAGAAUGUUAAUAUAUGCAGGUGUCUCUCUCCAAACAAUGCACUCUCAGGAAAACGUUUGUUAGGCGAGCGCUUGCAUAAAGUCAGCCAUUUCCAUUGAUUCCUAUGGGGAAAUUUCUAAUUUGGAAUUUUCACCUCAAAAUGAUUGGGGGGGGCACUGGAAAACCCUCUGAAAGCUUGCGAAAGGCAAACAAGGAAGGGGGAGUGGGAAAGCUCUCUAUAGUUGUCCAAUCCCCCUUCCUGCCUUGUUCUGGUGAAAUGGCUGCUAUCUACCAGCAAAACACAAAUAAGUAAGGCUUGUUUAAGGCUGCUUAUUUGUUUAAACAGGUCUGGCUGUUUGGAUAUCUGAAUCUGCAGUGUGUAUAACGAGGUUUGGGUACUAAUUCCUCGUUUUUGGAUGAAUUUUUGCAUAACGAGCAUUUGGAUAGUGGGACCUGCAGGUACACAAAAAGGGCCAAGCUUUUAUCUACCACCUCCAUUUUCUUACUUAAUGCUACUAAGGCAGUGCUGUGUUCUUAAAGUGGUUUUCACUAUAUUUACAUUUAUAAAGAAAAGUACUUUGGCAGCAGUUAGAUCUCAUGUUGACUUUUAGCCUGGCUUUCUCCCAUGUGGCGAUGAGAUCCAAAGCUGCUUCAAAUUUAAAAGAUUAAUUCAAAUGAACCUUAAACAUGGCUUGAUUAUAAUUAGUAAAAACUUGAUUAUAGUUAGCAAAAACAAAGGUUCACAAGCUUACGCAUUGAAGCUGGCUUCUUUCUGCUUUUCAUCAUCAAGGCUAGCCGUUCAAACAACGCGGCAAGCUGCUGUUAAUUAGAAGCAGAAAUUUCGGAGCUCCUUCCUGUGGGUGUGCAGGAAGGAAGGGGGAGGAGAGCGAUUGCAUGAAAGGGGGCGGGUGGUUUGGGUUGCUUUUGAAGCCUCCUUUGUGCUUUGGCUUUAUAAAUGGGACACCUAGUAAGUCUCAUGCCAAAAUGUAAGUGGAAGAGCAGGAUGGGAAGAUACUGAAAGUUAAAGGACAAUUCAAACAAAUGCUAAAACGAAGCAAAACGAGAUCCGAAAGCCUUUUCUACCCCC